UGUACAAUUAAUACGAGUAGGUCAGUGUGAUGAAGGCUUCGGCCAUUUUCAAUUUCACAGAACAGUCACCGUAAGCGAAUGUCUCAUCACGCAGACAUCCUUUUAGCUUUCGCUAGGCAUUGCCUUGAAAAGGUUUGAAAAAAAAGUAUUAGUGCAGACGCCUAUCCGAAAUUCACUCAGGUGGGCAAGGAAUAGUGCUAGAACCAUCGGAAAAAUAGUCAUGAGAGUGUCGAGCUUUGUAGAAAGACGAAAUACCACGAAGUAACAAAACUUCGUUGUUCCGAGGGGGGAUACGCGCCAUCUGGACAGCACCACAACGAAGAAAUUAUUAUGGAGGUUCAAAAAUUGUAUCUAUUUCAAAUCGAGCAAACUUGGAAGCUGAGGUAGUUCUCUACUGAAAAGAUUCAGUAACAUAAAUUAUUACCAACUUAUAAAUAUAAAAGAGUACAAACAUGGGGGAUAAUCAGAGUUCUAGUAAUAUCAUGUAUUCUAAAGUGUCACAAGGAGGAAAAGAGAAGUAUGUCGGAUUCAAAAUCACAAACUUGAAUGAUCUUAAGAAAGCUACACCUCGCCUCAAAUUUCCAUCAAUAGUGUCUUCAUCAGUUACUAAUAAAACUCCAGCAGUAUCAAAGGAAAUCAAACAAAAGUUGCUUGAGUAUUGUCGUACUUGUGCUGGCUUAAAAGUUCCACUAGUUGAUAUUUUUAGUGAAAAAGGAGUUCAAAUGAGAUUGGAACAACAAAUGCAACACCUAGAAAAUAUCGAUAAGGAUGAUAGUUUAUCGACUCAAAUGUGCAUGGAUUGCAUUUGUGACUUAAAGAUGAGUUAUAAGUUUUUUAUGCAGAUCAAAAAAGCUGAAUUGAAAUUGAAAACAAUCUCACAAUCACUCAAUGAUACGUUGAAAUCUCAAUUAGCUAUUGAAGCACUGCCAGCUUUUAACGAGAUCAAAAAAGAAUGUUUGCUUGACAAUUCAGCAGCAAACGCUAUUGGUAACUUCGAUGUUAAAAGUGAGCCAGAAGAGUAUGACUGUACUUAUCUAAAUGAAUCCAAUGAUGGAAAUGAAUCAUUUGAAGAGUUUGAUCCUGAUGAUGCAGAGGAUCAUAAUGAAACAAUUGAUAAAAGUCUAGAUUUAGAAACUUCCACAGAUGCAGUGUCUGAUACUGACAAAAUAUUAGCUUACAAGUUUGAUAAAACAUUGAAUGCCUAUAUUAAAAUAAGCAGUGACAAUGAAAGUCAGUUUACUGAGAAGCAAAAUACUAAUAUUGAUAAAAUUGACAAAAAUAUUAAUAAACCAAGUGUAAUCAUAAGGAAAGAAACUCUGUCUCAGUCACCUGUCAAAUCUAAAAUAUUAAAAAGAAAAUUAUCUCCAGGUGUAAGUAAUGAAAGUGUUGAUAAUUCUGAUAAAAAAAGUAAUGAAGGUUAUGAUAAUUCUAAUAAGAAAAAUAAAUCAAAAGUCAAUAUUGACAUUGUAAAAGAAUUAAAAAUCCCAAAACUUGAUCUUGAAGACACAACAAAUAUAAAAAAAGCAGAUGAUGGUGUAAUGUACGUUACUGCAAAAGGAUCAAAACCCAAUGAAAUGCUUUUGAUAAAAGUAAAAAAAGUAAUAAAAACUUCUGAUAAAAAACUAGAAAAAGUAUCAGUUAAGAAAAAAUCAGAGGCAGUUGCUGAAUUGUUAAAAAAAUUUGAAAAUGAAAGAAAUAAAGGUAAGGAUAUUGAUAAGCAAAUAGAAGAAUAUAAAAAAAGGAGAAGUCAAAUUUUAGGAGAUAAUGCAAUAGAUAAAACACCCGAAGAAAAAAAUUUGGAAAUAAUAAGAGCAGCCUGUGGAGACAGUCCUACAGAAAAUAAAACAAAUUUUAAUCCUGAAGAAGAAAUAAAAAAGAGUGAAAAGGUAGUGACAAUAAUAAGAUCAGAUAACGAGGAAACUAUAUUGGUUAAUGAAGUGUCUACUGAUGAUUCCGAACAGAUCUUAGCUUCAGAUAAAUUGAAACAAAGAUGGAAAGAUAUUAAACAAAGGUAUGAGACUAUAAAUAAAGAUCUUGCUGAAGAUCACACAGAGAGAUUAAAGGCAGUUUUGAAGCAAAAAGAUGAAGACAUUGAAGAUUUUAAGGCUUAUUUGAAACUACGUAAAAUUGUUGUUUCUCGUUUACAGGAUGCAGACAUUAUAUCUUUAUAUGAGCAUAAAAAUAAUGUUAUUUUGGAAAAAGCACCUGCAGAAGAGCCAGAAGAAGAACUUGUCGAUUAUGUAGAUCCCUUUGAAGUUGUGGAAAGUUAUGAAUGUGAUUUUUGUAAUGAAACUUUUCUCUCCUUAGAAGAAGAAUUUGAACAUGCAAAAGAACAUGAUUUUAGAUUGAUGCAUUACUGUGAAGAUUGUGGCCAAGAAUUUAUCACUCAUAAAGCGAAACGUUCUCACAAUAUAACCUGUGUUCAGAAACUGAUGUGCAAAUAUUGCGAUAUGAUUUUAGAAUCUAAAGGAAAAAAGAGACAGCAUGAACAAAAACACUGCGAUGAUCAAUAUGGCCAGCUUUGUGACUUAUGUGGUGAAAGGUUCAAACAUCAAGGGACAUUAGAUCAGCAUGUUAAAUCUCGGCACAUGAACCUUGAAAAAGUCUUCAAAUGUCCACAAUGUACAAAAAAAUUUGCUUUUAGGACUAAACUGACAUUUCAUUUGAAAUCUGUUCACACAAAUAAUCGGCCUUUUUUAUGUGAAGACUGUGGAUGUAACUUUAAAAACCCAGCAAGUUUGAGACAUCACAGAAUUAGAAAACACGCGCCUGUGGACAAUAAAAAAGAAUGUCACAUCUGCAAAAAAUUGGUACCGGUGUAUGGUAUGUCAAAGCACAUGCACACGCACAAAGCUUAUACUAUAAAGUGUGAUCACUGCGACAAAAUGUUCAAAAAUACAUCGACAUUGAAGCAGCAUUUGAGAAUUCACGAAGAUCAACGACAGUAUAAAUGUGAUAUGUGCGGCGUCGGUUUCAACAGACGAGAUGGCUUGAGACUGCACUUGAAAGUUCACGAGAAACCCGACAGUAAAGGAUUGAAAGAAUGCGUUUGCCAAGUUUGCAACCAAAAGUUUCCAAGUCAUUCGAUGCUCGUAAUCCACAGAAAUCGAGAGCACAAAGACGGUAGAAAUUACACCUGUCAUAUAUGCAACAGGUCUAUGAUAUCUACUCGAUCGCUGGAAUGGCACAUGGCGCACAUACACAACGAAGUGGUACCAGGUUUACCUAAAGAUGCGUCCACCGUUGACGUUGAAACGAAGCGAGUUACUUGCACGCAUUGUGGUAAAAAUUUUAAGACCGAGAUGAUUUUGAGAACGCACAUAAAGAACACUCAUACGGAAAAAGAACCCAUGAAAUGUUUGGACUGCGAGGAAAUGUUCAUGUCAGAAGUACGAUGGAAACAUCACAUGAUGACUAUACACGGUCGCCUCGAUGGUACUCUGGAGUGUCCUCACUGUACCAAGAGAUUCGUCAAUCAAUUAAGGCUGAAAACUCAUAUGAUUUCUCAUUCAGACGAAAGACCACAUACUUGCGAUAUCUGUGGUUUUAUGUUGAAAACCAAAGUCCAAUUGAUCAAACACAAGCAGAACAGGCACAGCAACGAGAGACCUUUGCAGUGUAAAUACUGUAACUGGAGGUGUAAACAAGUCAGUGCUCUGGUCUGCCACGAGAGAACUCAUACGAAUGAAAGGCCUUACCAAUGCAGUGUGUGCAAGCAAAGAUUCAAGUAUUUAGGCGAUAAAAAUAAACACGAGAGGAGACACGAAGUCCUUGGUGGGACUGGUUUCAAAAGGAUCGUUACUGGCAGAAAUACUUCUACAAAAGUCAUCAAAAAACGAAGCGGUUUGAUGGUCGUCGAACAAGAUCCUAUAGGCACUGAAGCAGUUAAUGCAGAUGAAUCGCUUGGGCUUGACGAGUCUCAAAACACCACUUCUGACUAUACGGAGACUAAUGAAGACGCUUUAGCUGCGUCGCAAUUGAUUAAAUUCGAAGAUGAUAUAGUGAACGAAGAAUCAGGAGGACCUUAUGAACAAAUUUAUGUCACUGAAUCGGAUGGCGUAUCCAAAGUAGUGAUUGGAAUGGAGGGUGAAUACACUGAAGAAGUUACGUCGGAUAAUGUUGAGCAUGCGGUAUUAACUGGCGAUAUGCUGACCGCUGGUGAUAUAAAUGGGCAUCAUCUAUAUAUUCCGGCGAAAGAUGCCAAUGGACAAACUGGAUUGAUACAAGUCUAUCUCACGUUAGAUCCAGACGACCAAAACUCUGAAGUCAGUUUAGCAACUGACCCUAUUAUAUGAAUUAAUUGAAACUAGACUUUUUUAAAGAUUAGUUUUGAUUGAUUAGAAAGGAACAUUGCGCGAAUUAUCACGUACACUAUUCAGUAAGAAAAUAUCGAAAUCUACACUUGUGUUAGUGUUAGUGUGGUGAUGAAAGUUAUAAAAUUUUAUGUACAAAAUCAUAGAAAUCAUAGUUAAUUAAUAGGUAGUUAUGAUAAUACAUAUUGCCUUACUCACCUAUAUUUAAUCGUUCUUAAUUUAAUCGCAAUUUUUUAAAUGAAGAUAUUGUUUGAAAUUUUUAUAAAAAGUAAUGUAUAAACUAUGUAAAUUAUUUUUUGUCAUCUGUGUAAUUUUUUGGACGUUGUUUUGCUGGUAAAACUAAUCAAUUUUCUACUGUAUAUUCAUAAAAUUAAUAUAUUCUGUAAUUAUUUUCAAUUUCAUUAUUCUUUGACAUUGAAUUAUUAUUUUAUUAGUAAGGUUUCAUUUUCAAUUGAAUUUGAAAUAUCAAUUAAAACAAUCCUGUUUUUAAAUAGAA